AUGUCCGAUUCCGAGCAGACCACGGCCCAGCUGCUCCGCGAAGCCGCAGAGCAGAUCCGCACGCUCCAAGCGCACAUUGAGCACAUCGAAUCUGAUGGUUCCGCUGACCUCGCGAAGCUGAGCCUUAUGAUCCAAGGCGAGCAAUCUGCCUUCGGCUACAUGGUUCGCGCCUUCAACAUCGCCGUCACUGCUACAACGGAGACAAACAGCAUCAUUUUCGGAGAGUUGAUGCGCGCGCUUGGCAAAGCCACUCGAGGCAGUCAGAUGCACGAAUUGAUCGGCGCGGUCAUUGCGUCACCCCGUAUGCCUUUCAAAGCUGUCGUUGAGGGGACUUCUGUCGGGCUGUCAGAUACGGACUCUGGGCAGGCGGUGAUCGUUGACGGGUUGCCGGUAGACCUCGACGCUCUGACCGCGAAUCUCAACCAGAACAACAAGGAAAUGGCGGGGGAGGCGCUGGAGGCCGAUACCCUGGGUCAGCAGACCAAGGAAGCUGAGAAGAAGGAAGUGGACUCUCUGGUGGAGGCUCUGGCAGUUCGUGCUAAUAGCUUGGACGACACCGAGAAGCAAGCAGGAGCGGCCACGGAAGAUCUUCAGGGGAAGUGA